AUUUUAGAAGCUGGUAGUUUUACCUCUUCUUGCUCAGUACUACACAUAUGUGGCUCACCAGUAGAUGCUUCAGGAACAUCCUGUAUAUACACAUUUUUUUCUUUCUCUCUUUUUUUUAAAUUUCUCCGGAUUCCUUUGCUUCCAGCCCAAUUCUGGGAUCGAACACCACUCUUCCCCAACAAGCACUCCUUGUGUUUUCCCUGCAUCCACCUUGGGACAUCAUCUCUCAUGGCAGCUUUUCAGAACAAUUUAUGGAACCUGAUUUCUGGAACCUUGGCAGUAGUGUGCCUUUUGUUGAUGGCUACUUUGGGAAUUUUGUUGAAAAACUCAUUUUCCACACAAAGUACUCAGCCAACAUCCUCUCCAGGAUCCACCGUAGAACCCCAAGAAGGCUCUGGCUGCUGUCCUUGCGAAGAGAAGUGGAUUGGGUACCGAUGCAAUUGUUACUUCUUUUCCAAUGAAGAAAAAACUUGGGCAGAAAGUAGGGAUUUCUGUGCUUCUCACAAUUCCAGUCUUCUUCAGCUGGAAAGCAAAGAUGAAUUUAGCUUUAGGAUCUCCGGUGGACGUUAUUACUGGAUUGGACUCAUUUAUUACAAUGAAAGACGUGGUGCGUGGCUGUGGGAGGACGGCUCUGCUCCCUCCCGGGAUCUAUUUCUAUUGUUUCCGCCUCUAAAUCAACAGAACUGCAUGUUGUAUGAUAGCGAUAGUAUUUUGGAUGAAGAUUGUGCGGAGAAACAUGGUUUUAUCUAUCUCUUGAUCUGGGGGAAGGCAGUUACCAAGUUGUGAGACACCCUGUGUAGGGGACUGUGUGAUAAGGAUGGAAGCCUCCUAUGGAAAGCCACAAGGAACUGAGGCCUCUUGCCAGGAGCCAUGUGAGUGAGCCUUCUUGGAAGCAGACUCUCCAGCCAGAGUGAAGCCUUCAGAUGACUACGGCCCAGCAGACUUCCUGACAGCAGUAAGAGAUCCUGAGCCAGAUUCCUCCCUCUAAGCUGUUUAAGAAUUCCUGUCCUUCAGAAACAAUAAAUACUUGUUGUUUAUUUAUUUGUGUAAACUUAAGGAAUGACACAUUAUGAGCCUCAUCCACACCUGGAUCUCAUGAGUUUCUGAACUACGAGCUGAUGAUGUAAUAGGAUGAUAAUUUUGGGGGCCACAGAAAGGGAUGAAUGAAUUUUGCCUGUGGGAAGAACAGAUAUAAUUGGUGGGCAAGGCUGUGCUUCUAUAUUCAGCCCCCUAGAUGGCCCCUACUGGUCCCUGAUUCUGCUAUGGACACCCUUUUAUGAUAAUCAUCCAUAUUCUGUUAAGGUUGACCUGUGUGAGCAAUAGAAUAUGGCCAAAGUUAUGGGAUGACACUUAUGAGGACAGGUCAUAAAUGAGAGUGAGGCUUCUUUAUUCCAAGGUGCUUGAGAAAAUUUAUAAUCUCACCAGCAGUUUAUGUGAGUUUGCGUUGUUCCUUUUCCUCUCCACCACGUACUAAAAAAAAAAAAAAAAAAAUCCAAACCUGUUUUGGUCAAGUUGAUUCCAACUCACAGCAACCAUAUAGGACAGAUUAGAACUGCCCCCUAGGCUUCCCAAGGCUGUAAACUUUCCGGAAGCAGACUGCUACUUCUUUCUCCCAUGGAGCAGGACCUUUCAGUUUGUAGCUAAGCACUUUAUCCACUGUGCCACCAGGGCUCCUACGCUUGUGAAACUCUCACACAUCACAUUCAUCAAUGUAGAUAACAUAUACAUCAUCCCAGAAAUUCUCCGAGUUACCCCAAGUAAUACUUUUGUCCGGUUCCUACCCACACAGAUGACCAUUGUGUGGCAUUUUGUUAGCAUAGAUUUUCAUUUUCUAAAGCUUUGUGUGUAUAUAUAUACAUAAAAUUUAUAUAAUAUAGAGCCAUGCAGUUUGUACAUCUUUUGUUUGGAUUUUGUAGCCAAACAUAAUUAUUUGUGUUGUUAUGCAUAUCAGUAAUUGAUUUCUUCUUAUUGGUGAAUAGCGUUCCUUUUUAUGGGUAGAACACAAUUCAUCCAUUCCCUGUUUGAUAGACAUUUGGGUUGUUUCCAUUUUGUGGUUAUAACUAGUAAAGUUACUAUGUGUAUUCACUCACAAGACAUAGAUCUUCUUUUCUCCUGGAUAAAAAUAAUUUUCUAGGAGUAGAAUGGUUGGAUCAUACGGUGGUGAAUGUUUACAUUUUUAAAAACCUGUCAAACUGUUUUCCCAAGGGAUUGUUCCAUUUUAUAUUCCCACUAGCAGUGUUUGAGAGCUCACUUCCUCCACAUCUUGGCCAGCACUGGAAUGAUCUUUAUACUCUUAGCCAUUCUAAUAAGUGUGCAAUAGUCAUUCAUUGUGUAUUUAAUUUGCAUUUCUCUAAUGAAUUAUGUUUUUGAACAUCUAGUUAUUUGCUUAUUUGCCAUGUUUACCUCUUUCUUGGUAACUUUUCUGUUCAAAUAAGUUGCCAAUUUUGUUGUUUUUACUUUCUUAUUGAGUUGUGAUCAUUUUUGUGUAUUCUGUGUACAAGUCCUUUAUCAGGCAGAUGUUUUGAAAAAUUUUCUCCCAGUCUGAGGCUUGUCUUCUCAUUCUCUUAGCAGUGUCUUUCAAAGAGCAGAAGUUUUAAAUCUUGACAAAGUCCACUUUAUCAGUUGUUCAUUUAUAAAUCAUGCUUUUCACAUCAUUUCUAAGAAAGCUUUGGCUAAAUCAAAGCCACAAAUUUUUUCUUCUUUGUUUUCUUGUAGAAGAUUUAUAGUUAGAUUGUGCAUUUAGAUCCAUGAUUUACUUUGAAUUAUUUGACAUAUUUGUUGUAAGGGGUAAAUCAAAGACUUUUUUUGUUCUUGUUUUUUGUAUAUCUGUAUUUCUCAUGCCAUUUGUUAAAAAUAUUAUCCUCACUCCACUUAAAUGCCUAUGCACCUUUGUCAGGAAUCAAUUUUCCGUAUACAUAUGGAUCUGUUUCUGUGCUCCCUAUUUUGUUUUAUAGAUCUGUUUUUCUCAUUUUGCAUGGAGAGCACACUGUUCUGAAUACUCUAAAAAAAAAAAAGCUGUAUAAAAAUCUUGAAGUCUAGUAGUAAUCACCCUCCAGCUUUGUUAAUUUUUAAGUUGUUUUGGCUGUUGUUGUA